UGGUUUUCAUGGGCAGCGAAAAAUACCCAGAUGAGAAUGGCUUUGAUGCGUUCCUUAAAAAGCACGGAGGCAGCGAUAAUGCCUCAACAGACUGCGAACGCACUAUUUUCCAGUUUGAUGUACAGAGAAAGCAUUUCAAGGAGGCCCUGGACCGGUGGGCACAGUUCUUUAUCUCCCCGCUGAUGGUCAGUGAUGCUGUAGACCGGGAAGUACAAGCUGUGGACAGUGAAUAUGAGCUCGCUCGGCCUUCUGAUGCCAACCGUAAGGAAAUGCUUUUUGGGAGUCUGGCAAAACCUCAGCAUCCAAUGGGAAAGUUUUUCUGGGGAAAUGCUCAGACUUUGAAGUAUGAACCCGAAGCGAACAACAUUGACACCCACAGCCGGCUCCGAGAGUUCUACAGGACGUACUACUCUGCGCACUACAUGACGCUGGCUGUGCAAUCUAACGAAACUUUGGAUACACUGGAAGAAUGGGUGAAGGAGAUAUUUAGUAACGUUCCCAAUAAUGGUUUGCAAAAACCUGAUUUUAGUUACCUGAGUGACCCUUUCGACACCCCAGGAUUUAAUUCACUUUACAGAGUCAUCCCCAUUAAGAAGGUUCAUGCUCUCACUAUAACAUGGGCUCUUCCACCCCAAGAAAAGUUUUACAAGGUGAAACCUCUUCACUAUAUUUCGUGGCUCAUUGGACAUGAGGGUAAAGGCAGCAUUCUGUCCCUGCUGCGCAAGAAGUGCUGGGCACUCGCUCUGUUUGGAGGAAACAGUGAGACCGGCUUUGAGCAGAAUACAACAUACUCUGUGUUCAGUAUUUCCAUCACGCUGACAGACGCAGGAUAUGAACACUUUUAUGAG